ACCUUUCAGUGCAGGAUGAGGCAGCUUUUUGCAACACUUGAAAGAGGACACCCCGAUCUAUUUCACAACCAAAUGGGACAUUUACACAUAGUGGCCUGGACCACAAGAGGCAGCCCGUCCCACUUGCCCCCUCAGUCACCCUCGUGUUCUGGAGAGGAUCACCGGCUUCACAGUCCUAAAGGGGUGUGUACAGCAAGAUAUGAGAGCAACUAUAACACAAGUGCAAUGAACUAUAACCCUGGUGACAGAAGCACAGAUUAUGGGAUUUUGCAAAUCAACAGCCGCUGGUGGUGCAAUGAUGGCAAGACUCCAAGAGCCAAGAAUGUAUGCAGAAUCCAGUGCACAGAGUUACUGCAACCAGAUAUUACAGUAGCUGUUAACUGUGCAAAGAGGAUUGUCAGAGAUCCACAGGGCAUGAGCGCAUGGGUAGCAUGGAGGAACCACUGCAAGGGAACAGAUGUCUCCCGGUUCAUCAGGGACUGCAAACUGUGGGGGAAAAAAAAAGAGUUAGGGGUAUAACUGAGUUCAAUUAUUCAAAUAGGCAGCUUUUCACAUAAAUAAGAUGCUCCCUCUCAUUUGUUUCCCCUUCUAUAAUAAAGUAAAUAAGCAAAAUAAAAUCAAACUGAUGAGAAAAGCUUUAAGAUAAUUUGGACUGAUUGGCAGAAUGCAAGUACUUUACUCUCUGCUGGGAAGACUGUGACUAUUUCCACAUGACCAGUUGAAGAGACCUAUUUUGUGUUCAACACUCUGAUUCUCUCUGUCAUCUGCACACAUCAUUUUUCAGCGAAAUUCUGCUUCAAUAUUGUUUUGCUAACCAGUACCAAUAUAUGUCUUCCUCUUUGAUAGCUUAAAUUCAUUAAUCAAUAAAAUUGCUUAAUUUGCA